AUGCCUGCUAUGUCAUCACCUGAGUUAGCCGCAGUCUUUGUGAAAACCACAGACUUCCAGUCCUUCGGAUUGCAGCUGGAGCAAAUCACGCGAAUCAAGACUUCCCCACUUCCAGGAACAGGUAGCGGCGACUGGACAAUGUCAACCUCCAAAGAGGGUUGGACUAUUGCUUCCAACAUAUUGCAAUACGAGCGAGUCUCACAUGCAAGCAAAACCGGCCGGAGAAGACCCAGUUCGACAAUUCAAAGUCAACGUAAGAAUUUGCGAACGCGGGCGCCAGAAUUCCUCGGUAAAAUCAGGGUUUCCACGGAUGAGAGCUUUACUGACGCGAGUCUUCACUCUGCGAAAGGCGACGUACUCGCCCACGCCUAUACCUACACCUUCAAACCCAAUCCCGGUUAUUCAAGCUACUAUGUCGGGUCUGUCGAAAUCCACGCCUAUCUCAAAGCGGUGGCCAAAAAACACCACAUAGAAAAGUACAUAACCUACAACCAGAAGCUCACCAGCGCUAUCUGGGACGAAGAGAAGGGCAUAUGGAAUUUGUCAUUCGAGGUAUCUUCACCGGAGGAUCCCAGCCGGAAUUAUACCUUUGACAGGACCUGCCACAUUGCAUGGAAAUGGCCAGCGAUCCCCGGAUUGGACAUUUUCGCCGGCCACCUAUGCCAUUCCGCCGGGUGGGAAGACAACUACGACUUUACAGUCGUGAAACACAUGAAAGCUUUCGUCCGGUCACCGACAUGGAUAGUGCCAUCACAAGGUUUUGUUGACCCUAGGGACGAAGGACCCAAGGAUUUCCAGUAUACUGAAGAAGAGAAGCGAGAGUUUCGAGAUGACCCGGAUAAAUUCCUCGAUUACCGGAAACAGAUCGAGUGGGAUAUAAAUAGGACCUUCCCAACACUCCUGAAAAACAAUGAUAGACAACAGGAAGCGCAGAAGAUAUUCGCCAAAAUUAUGAGGAUGCGUCUUGGAGAGGACGAAAGGCUCGCAACUGCUAUGAUUCCCGGACUAUUCCAUGUACCUGGGACGGAUUUCACCUGGAAUUUGGCUUGGUAUUUGAAGAAACCCAUCAAUUUUCUGCAUGCUCCAGGUAGUUGA